AUGGAAGUCUAUUGCUUGGGAUUUUGUAGUAAAACUACCAUUAUCCAAGGACCCGGUUACCCAGAAGGAGUACGACUCCAUCCUGGUGGUAACAGACAGGUUAACCAAACAAAACGACCAAGCGAUAAACUAGAUCACAAGAAACUAGGACCAUUCAAAAUCGACAAGGUAGUUGGACCAGUCAACUACAGGAUAAAAUUACUAUACACUAUGAAUAUUCACCCAAUAUUCCAUAUAUCCUUGCUUGAACCAGCACCAUCAGGAGCGCCCGAUGCGCCAAUAACGGAAAUCGAACCAGUCAAUCCAGACGUCAUAUACGAUGUUGAAACCAUACUAGAUUGUAAAUAUGUCAGAGGCAAGAUCAAAUAUCUGAUCAAAUGGUUGGAUUACCCACAUUCAGAAAACACUUGGGAGCUCAAGAAAGAUCUCAGCUGUCCUGAGAAGUUGGAGGCAUUUCACCAACGCUAUCCGGAUCUCCCCAAAAAGGACCCGAAGAAUUCUGAAAGGAAAAGGGACCACGACGAAUCAUUUCAGAAGCCCGCCCACGAAGGAAGCGUUGUUGCUUAUCUAGACGAAGCAAUUUCGACAAAGUCUCUUCGCGCUCGCGAUCCAAACGCUCCUGCUCCUGAAUAA